CCCUCCCUUGGGAAGAGCUCUCUGAAAACAGGCUGCGGAGGGCAUGGACCUGACGUGCGGUGUGUAGUCACCAGGUUCCGGCAGUGACGUGAGGCUCCACCUCACGGUGACAUUCGGUGGCCAUUGUGAAAAGCAAGUGAGAUGGAAAUGACCCUGUUGCCAGGCCAGCCCAGGGCGGGGGAUAAAUGGGCACCAGAGCGUCCAGGCAGCAGAGGAGGGCACAGAGCAAGAGCACGGCCACCAUGCAGCUGCUCCUGCUGACCCUGGGCCUGGCCUCUGUCCUGCACGCCAUGGAGCUGCUCCCCGCCCAGCCUGAGGAGCUUGUAGGAAAGUGGCACAUUCUGCUUUGGAUGGGGAGCCCCAUAAUUCCUGGCCUUAUGAUGACCAGCCCCCCGCCACCACAAAUGACCCACUCUCUGCCGCCCUUUUGGAUGGAGCUCUCCAAAGAAGGCAUGAUGAUCGAGGUACAACUCAGGCAGCCCUCCGGUGACUGUGAGGAGAUGAAGACCACACUGUGGAAAACAGACGACCCCACCAAGUUCAUGGCCGAGAAGCAGCAGGCGGUCCACAUUUGGGCCACGAGGAUGAAGAUGUACUACAUCAUGCACACCCAGGAGAAGAUGAAGGACAAGACCAUGCACAUGAUGAUGCUGAUAGGCCCCACCAUGGAAAAGAAACCAGAGGCAGUGAAGAUGUUCGAGGAGUUUGUGGAGAGUGAAGGGCUGGACAAAGCCAGGGUCAUGGCCCCUUCUCCCACUGCCCCUCCGGAUCCCUGCAUGACCCACCAUCGCUGAGGCUGUCGCCAAAGCCCGUCUGUGUCUGGGACCUUAGCCAUUGGCUGCUGAUCCCAGCUGGCCACCGGAGCAUCUGCACCCUGCCUGACAGAGCCGCCCCUGCGGGCUCCUGCCCCCUGGACCAGUUCCCUGACUCCAAAUAAAUGCUGAGGCACCCUC